UUCCGUAAUUGGUGGCAGGAUUGUUUCAAAUACUGCUUUGAGGACGGAAGUUGUUCUCAGUAGCGAGACGGAUGAUAUUAUUUGAUAGAUCUCACUAACUUCUUGGAGUUGCAAACUUUUUACGUGAGCAAACUUUCACGAUGAGCACGUCAAACCCAGUCGAUUUGUGGAAACACUCUUUGUUGAAUAGUAAAGUACCGUCUGCGGGAUCUGACGUCAGUACAACGUCAUUAUUUCUUACUUCGCCUGUAAUUUCAUCGUUUUCGGGUGAUGCAAAUUAUUUGCGAAAAAUUUUCAAAGCAUGGCCAAUUGAUAUGGAAAAAAAGGCUGUGUUUUGGCCAGCACAUGCCACAUUCAUAGCUUGCGGUACCGCUGGUAUUGUAAUCGGGAUUCGUGUCAAUUCCCAUACUUUCCUUGGGAAUGCAAAUUAUUCAUACGCUGAAAGUUUGCGGAAAUGUCCAAAAUUAACUUGGUUGAUUGCUCUCUACAGCUCUGCCCUUUUUUAUUUUGGCGUUAAUGAAAAUACUGUUUCUAGAUAUUUGUACAGUCACGGUGAUCUUUGCAACACGUGUUUAGUUCUGGGCAAUAUACUAACUGCAUUGUUAAGUGGAAUCUGUUUUCCAAUGCUUUCCUCACCCUAUUUGACAGCAGCUGCAGCUAUACUUCAAGGAGAUGAUAACGCAAUACCAAAACUAAGGAAAACUAACACUUGGCUCAGUUAUAUAUUUCGGUGGAAAGUUGGUGUUAAUGCCUGUCGGAGAAUUCUGUUACCAAUGACUCUUGGAUUGAGCGCUGUUUCAGGUGCUUCCAUGUAUAUUCGCCUCUGGGGCAGACAGAGGAUUAUGGAUACACUUUCUGUGGAGCCAGAAUUUGUUGCGGAAGUGGAUGAAGGUUAAUAUUCAACGGUUAUAUAUUAGUCAAAUGCUUGAAAUUUAGGGUUUAACUUUGAGAUUUUAUUGUCAAUUCAGAUAUAAGAUUUUCAAACAUUUCAUCUACAGAUUUCACGGCGAGAUAUCAGUAUAUGAUUUAAAUUCGUCUGGUCUGUUUCAUAAAUGAACAGCU